AUGGAGUGGAAUUUUCUGUCUGGUGUCGGCGCUGUUUUCCUUGGAUACUAUUCUCUAACGUUUGUUCUGCAAGUCCUUCAUGGAAUCAGAGCAUUUGUUCUUCCAACUCUCGGCAUAAAAAAGAAUUUGAAGAAGUUAGGACAGUGGGCAGGUAAGGCCGGUUACAUGCGCUUCACAUGUGCAAAUCGACUUGUUUCUUAAGUCUGUAUCGUCUUUUUCAAGUAAGUUUGGUAAUUUUAAACGUUCAUCUAAGUUCCCAGAUGCAAGAAGUUCUUAAAUUAUGUGUAUUUUUUGUGUGUUGACACUUUCUGCAAGCAUGCGGAGGAGCUGAUCUCAUUGCUCAACAGUGUAUCAGAAUUUUGUGCAACUGCGUGCCGCGUGACUGACCAACUUCAGCUCAUUAGAAGUCGGUCACAUUUUUCACUCCGUUAUUAAACACUAAAUCGAAUGUAUGUUGCUGACUUUGUUUUGUGAUUGUCGUAGUUUAUAAUGUUUUUAUUACAAUCGUAUGCUACAUGAAAAUCCCCAUUUUAAUUUGCAUUCAAAGUGGUUGCACUGAUGUGGUCAUCCACAGAUCUUCUUGUCCAUACCAAAUGAUUAUAAAAAUUAAUGUUUUUUUUGUCGUGGAAGUGCACUUACAGCUGUAGCUUCUCAGGGGGUAAUCUGGAUUUCAAGUUACAGGAAUGGGGCCAAAUAAAAAUCCAAAAAAUCCAGAGGGCUUCCAACAGAACCCAAAAAAAUUCAAGGACAAAACUUUCAUCCCCAAAAAUCCCAUGCCAAAUUUCUGAGCCUUAAAAAUCUCCAGAAAGGAAAACAAGUUUGGUUUUUGGUUGAACUUUAAUCUCAGAACUGUGCGGCCAGGAUACACAGGCACUACCACAAAUCUUCAAAUUGUUCUGAAUAGCCAAGAAAUCCCUACACAGGGGCGUAGCUACCUGUACGCAAAUACGCAAUUGCGUACCUGAAAAUAAUAAUAAAAAAUAAUAAAUAAAUAUAUAAAAUAAAAAAAUAAAUAAAAAAUAUAUUUCAAAUAUAUUUAUAUUUAUAUAUAUUUUUUAUUUUUUUUUUCAGUCAUUUAACUUAGCCUUUUCUUUUACUUAUUUUUGUACCUGAACUAUAAAAUUGUUUUUCCACAUCCAAAUGUCGGUUUCUUCAGAGAAUCGAUGUGAUUUCGUCGGUCAGCGGUGGAGUGAAUUCUCGUUCGUGUAUGAAAAGAGCGGGAAAUAAGAGAGCAGAAACCAGGCGAAAAUGACUUUGAUAUUUUUUUGGGGGGGGGCGGGGGUGAAGAGGUGAGAUGGAAAACUGUGCGUACCUACGGAAAAAUCCUGGCUACGCCCCUGCUACAUAAUGGUUUUGUGGCUUGCUUGUGUGUCCUGAUCUUUGCUAUGAUUGGUCAGAACACAAUAAAUAUCCCUGAGAUAACUAGUUCAGGGUUCAGGGUUUUCUUUGUUUGACUGUAAGGCUGUAAAUGCAGGUUACAAGGCAAGGUUCAGUUCAGCUUCUUCUCUUUGAGCAAGGGUGGCAUAGUGGAGCAAGGGUUGUGCAGUGGUGAGAGCACUCGCCUCCCACCAAUGUGGCCCGGGUUCAAAUCCCAGCAUCUAUGCCAUAUGUGGGUUUAGUUUGUUGUCGGUUCUCUCCUUUGCUCCAAGAGGUUUUUCUCAGAGUACUCCAGUUUUCCCCUCUCCUCAAAACCCAACAUUUCUGAAUUCCAAUUCGACCAUCAGGGAGAUAAAGAACCACUACAAGGAUGUGCUACCUCUAAAUCGUUAUUUAUUUUAUUUAUUGUUUAUUUAUUUUCUUGUUUCCCCUUAUCUACAUUAGUACAUUAAACUAUAUAAGAGUGUUGGAAAUUAUAUUACAUGCUGUGAUUUUCCAAUAAUUUUGGACAUUUUAUUUUGCUUACAGUUAUUACAGGGUGUACAGAUGGAAUAGGAAAAGCUUAUACUCAAGAGGUGAUUUUAGAAUUGAACAAUAUUGUAAAUAAUAAAGAUGGUUAUUAAUGGCAAAGGCAACCGUUUUAAUCUCUGUUACAUGACUUAAUAACUUGAAAGACUUUAUUAUUGUAACUAAAUCCAAUGUGACAUGCUUACGAUGUUAAUGGCUCUUAAAAAUUAAUGGUCAGUUGCAUGUAUCUUAACAUAACUGCUUAGUAUGAAUCUUACAAUUGUAGGUUUCUCCUGCAUACAAUGAACUGCAGCUUACAACCCCUCUACUUGCAGUAUAAGCCCUUCCAGUUAUUGCCCCAUCAGUGACCUGUAAACCCAAGAAAUACUCGCUUUGAUAUAGCCCCCCCAACCUUACUAAAUUUAAUUUGUUAUGACAUUUUGAAGGUUGAUUAACAACCAGCUUGUUUCGAAGCACUUUCUUUUAUUCUGGAUAUAAGCCCCUCUGUUCAUAAGCCCUCCGAAAAAUAUUUGCAAAGAUGUAAAAGCCCAGGGCUUAUAUGCAACAGUUUAUGGUAUGCCCAGGUAAAUGUGUGUACUUGUGGGUACUGUAUAUGUUACAGGUCAAAUUUACUGUUAAGGUAUUAUAUUGUUCUGGGCCCGGUUCCUGAAAUGUCGAUUUGCCUUAAUCCAGGAUUAAAAUUUUGUUCCGUUUUUGUAUUUUACAUUUGUAUACAUUGCUUAGGGUAACAUUUUGUGUUAUUACUACUGUAUCUCGUAGUAAGUACUUAACAGUAUAUUGUAACCUCCAGUUGCACGUUCUUAGACUAGAAAACCGUGCUUGAAAUUUGGCUUAAUCCUUGGUUAAACUUAACCAUCUUUCGAGGAACCGGGCCCUGGUAAUUUCAUUGUUUACUUAAUAAUUGAUAUUAACUAUGAGAUAAAAUAAUGUUGCAGACAUACUUUCUUAAUUUUUCUUCAAUCCUCUGUGAAAUCUUCUAAUAAGCUGUCCCAACCAAGUACUCUACAUCUGUAAAUUUAGUGCAUUAGAAGUUUUGUCAUAAUUUGUGUUUUGCUCUCCAGCUUGCAAGGCAAGGUUUCAAGGUGGUUCUUAUCAGUCGCACUAAGGAAAAGUUGGAAAGUCUUGCUGUAGAGCUGAGUAAGAUUAAUCACUCAUCUAUAAUAAGCAAAUAAUCAGUUGUUCAAAAUCCCAACUGACAGGUGGUAGAUCAUGGCUGUUUACACAUGUAGGCAUGGCCGGCCGCCAAGGACUACUGCCAGAGCCCUCCCUAGUCUGAAUUUCAAAUACAGUCGUUGCACGUUUUGCGGAGUACAGUAGGCCACGUCCCAUCUUUGUAUUGUCUGUUGCCAUUUUAUUGUAACUAGUCUUAUGUCCCUGUUUCAAGGCUAUAAUUCUUGUCAGAAGUUUACCCCAAUGGGGCCUUGAUCACUACUGAGUCACAAUUAUCCAGCCACUAGGUAGUGGUCAAAACAGGACUCAUGAAAGUCAGAUCCUCCUCCAGAUUGCAAUAAGACAGUUUCAAAUUGUAAAAAUUCAUACUUGGCCUCGAGGCUGAAGGGAAUAAUUUAAAACAAAAAUAAAUUAUUAUUUUGUGACACUGACGGGUAAACUACAAAGACCAAGCAUUUUGACAGGUUCUUAACCAGUUACUUUUACAGUGACAGAUUUCUAUUGUCUUAGCCUAUGAUACUCAUUCAUUAACAAUAAUUUGAUUAAUUAAUUUUAAUAAUAUUACUGCAAACUUAUAUUCUGCUGCUUUAAAAAGGGAAAAUUUACUUGUACAUGUAGCAUUCAUAACUGCUCCACUCACACAAAGCGGGGCUAAUCUAGGUAGGUAAAACAAAUGAAUCCUUACAUGCUGUUACUACAGAAUUUGAUCAGUGUAGUGUAUGUGGUAGGUAAAAAUCUGUUAUGUGGCAGGUAAAAUCCAUUCUUGUGUUAAACUAGUAUUUCAAACUGUUAAGGUGAGCUUUUUGCCGUGAUUCUUAAUCUUGUUACCUACUGACAUGUAGAUCAAAAGAUACAUUUAAGUAAAAACAUAAACAUUAUGACUAAAGUAAAGAAGUACCUGUCUAAUGAAACCCUAAUUAAUAUGUACAUAUGCACUACUCUUCCAUAUAUCCUUAUUUAAUGUAUGUUUCUAUACUGUGGUGUAGUUAUUAUUAUAGUCCUAUUUAUGAUGUAUUUAAACUUCAGAAUAAGGCAAUUAGAGAAGUUAAUGAUGUUCCUAUUAUGGAUAACUUUACCCCCCACUACACGUAUGUCAAUCUAGGCAUUUUGAAAUUUCCUGACAUAGUUAAACUUCAUACAUGUCUCUUUUUCUUUGAUAUCUUAAAUGAUUUCGGACCCUCUAAUUUUAUAAUACCAGUUUUAUCAGUCGACAGAACAUUAACAUACAUAUCAACCUUGUUUAAUAGUUGUAUAAAUUUUACAAAUGUACACCUCUGUAAUUAUUUCACGAAAAUCUUUGUUAUCGUUGUAAACACAUGACCUACAGACACAUUGUGUCUGUAAGCGCUCUGUUGAUAAUAAAGCACUUAUCCUAUCCUAUCAUGUACAUUGUAGGUAUACCACUCAAAAUAUCUCUUUAGAACAGUACAGUAGAACCUCAAUAACUCGAACUUUGAUAACUCGAAUUCCUAGUUAACUCGAACUAAAUUUCCUUUCCCUUGAUCAAAAUGUCACCAAAAUUUACCCCUGGCCAAUAACUCUUAUUCCCCACUAACUUGAACUGUUCUUCAGAAUACUGCAUACUAAAAUUAUUGUUUUGUUUCCCAGAGGAAAUAUAUGGUACUGAAACAAAGAUUAUUACAAUGGACUUCACUGGGGGGGCUGAAAUCUAUGAUGGCUUACCAGAGAAAUUAGCUGGUCUUGACAUUGGCAUAUUGGGUAAGUGAUCUUACCGACAUUGUUUUGUACAGUCAUUUAUAACACAUUUAUCUACAUGUAUUUUUGUAUAGUUCCUCCUGUAUAGAUCACUCAAAAGGCAUUAAUGCUUCAGGAGAAAAAAACAUUUAAGGGCCGUGAAAGCCCUCUUUAAAAAUAUAGCAUUUCUUCUUCUAAACCAAUGCAUUUGCUUUUACCACUUCAAAAGUAGUUUCAAGUGUCUUCAGCUUUUUGGUAACUCAUACAAAUAAAUUCAGAUUCUCUGGAGUAGUGUGAAAUGUUGUAACCAAGAAAAAAAGAAUUGCCCCUAAAAGUAACAUUGAUAAUGUGUACAGUACAUAGCAUAACAGUAUCUUGUAAACAGCUAGUAAACUGUAAUCAUACCAGUAAUUUUUAUAUUUAUCUAACAUUUUUUUGAAGCUUGUGGGAUAAACACAAAUGCAGUGAUUUUGUUGUACAUAGAUGAAUCAAAUUCCAAGUUAAUUUACUUAAAUCUUAUCUUUUUCAGUAAAUAAUGUGGGUGUUUCCCAUUAUGCAGAGUUUUUUACCCAAAUGAAACGAGAGGUAAGAAGCAAGCAAUUAAAAGAGCAUUUUGAUUUAGGCUUGAUACUUUUUAAUACUCAAACAUAAAUGAAAAGUACAUGUAAUAUUAUUAUACUUUUUGUUUAAUUGGUUAAAGGCAACAGGCAUCAACAGGCAACAUAAUUAUGUUUGUUUGUUUAUUUGUUUGUUUUUACCUUGAAUUAAAUGUACUGUACUUUUUUACUUUAAGGAUGCGUGGAAAAUGAUGAAUGUAAAUGUUCUCUCUGUGACCAUGGUAAGAGAUGCAGUGUAACAUACAAACAGUAAACUUGUGUUAAGUACUUUGUUUGGUUGGAACAAUAGAAGGUUAGACUUCCAACUGCCAGGAUCAGGCAAACCUGUUGGCUUUUUACAUUGUUGUCAAGGAGUCAAAACUCUGGGAUUACCAAGAAAAAAAACCAACUAGUGGUUGGUCAAGGUUGGACUCAAACCUGGGCAGACCCAGGGUCCAGAUUGCUACUCUGACCACACCUUGGUUGAGGCCACAUGCGGCAACAAACUAGCUGCAUGAUGUCCCACCUCAAUCAGUAUAAACAUGCUACAUGCUACACCACUUACAGCAUGGCUUUUGUCAGGGUCAUUCCUGUUUACUGGAACUAGCCACUAUAUAACCUCCUUUCUAACUUGGCCUCUGGCAGUCAGACUGACCUAAUAAUUAUUAUUGUUUUUUUUACCACACUGGCUAAUAAUCCUCUUUCUGAGGGGUUGCUAUAUUGGUAAAUAAUAAUAAAUAUAUAAUAAUAACAGUUAAACAAUGUCCAUCUUUGGCUCAUGCUACUCAUAUGCCAGAGGAUAUACAGUACAUGUGUUUGUUAGUACUUCAAAAUAUGUAUUUCUUUGGUGUGUAUUUAAUUUAUAACUUGUUAAUAUUUUGUGCAGAUGACUCAUAUAAUCCUCCCUGAGAUGGCUGCAAGGUGAGCUAUAUUUGUGUACCAUCUGUUAAAUUUACAUCAGAUGCUAGUUUUGUUGUGAUAGGCUGAAUAAUAAUAUUGCAAGACAAGACAAUGCUUUAUUUGGAGUCUUAUACAGUCCUAUGUACGUCGACUUUAUCCAAAUAAUUUAAAAUCAUAACACAAAUUGCACUCUAGUGGAACUAUAAUCAAUGUUAACCUAAAGAACUAAUGAUCUUCUUUUCUCAUAGCAGUCGAAUACUUAUUUUGCAAUUAACUUUUGCACUGGUUUGUUCUUGCGCGGAGGGUUUAUUAACAACAGAAAAACAUCAUCUGGUUCCAUUCUGUUUACUGAUAUUGUGUAUUCUUUGUUUAAGUAUUCAAAUAAGGUACUUCUUUUUUCUUGAUAUGCAGGGCACAGAGUUAAAAAGUAUAUUUCAUCUUCUACGUCUUUUUUACAGAUAGGACAGAUCCUCUCUUCCAGUUUCUUAUACGGUCUUACAUACCGACCUGUCUCUAUUGCCAAUUUGUGAUUACUUAGGCGGAGUUUAGUUAGGGUUAUCCGGUGUCGGAUGUUGGUGACCUGACAGAGUCGGUUGGCGUCGUUUCUUACGUCAUUGUUUUCGUCACUUAACCAUCUUUGUAAUUCAAUGUCUUCCAGUCUUUGUUUGAUAAUGUUGAAGAUUCCUAUGUCAUUUUCAUGUGCUUUUGUCCAGAGGUAUCCCAGCCCUAUUUGGUCUAAUACGCAUUUGAUUUGUUGGCUCCCUAAUUCCUUAUUCAUCCUCGACUUCAUAUCAUUAUAAACCACCUGUGAUAAUUUGUCUAAAUCUACAUGCAUUGUUGCUGCAGUAUUUAUUUACACCUAGCAACCAUUUCGAGAAUUUAGUUUGAACUAAUUCUGCAGGAUCUUUUUCUAUUUGGUUGUUACAGUCACUUAAGUGUCCCUGUCCCUGCCCUGGAUCCCUCACUGACAUGUACAUGUAUGCUGUGGGAGUAUGCUUUUAGAACUGCUGCCACAUGACUGUAUGCGUUAUGGCACUAUCAUUAUGUUGUGGUUCAGUUUUAUCUUUGGUUUAGAUUUUAUUUUCCUUUGCAUUGGUUUGAGGUAUGGUAAUUGGCGAUAUUAUCAGUUUGAAACAAAGAAAAUAAAAUGUAAACCAAGGAUAAAAUUCAACCACAACAAGGGCUGUUCUAGGUAUAAAUGGCAUAAAUAAUAUCAGGUCUGUAGCUUGAACUACUCUCUCUUUGUGUACUUUAGGUGAUAAAUUUACAGUGUAUGCAAUCAAACAAUUAUUACAUGUAUGUUUGAUCCUCUGCAGAGGAAGAGGUCUUAUUGUAAAUGUCGCUUCAGCUGCUGGCCUGCAUCCCACACCACUACUUUCAAUGUACUCUGGAACUAAGGUUUGUGAACUGAGAAUCUGAUAGUAACUUUGACCUCACUAAGUGAAAGGUGAAAAUCUGCAGAGAGUUAGAACUAGCUCUGAUCUGUAAAGACUGGUGUUCCAAUACCUGGGAUCUUCAAAGGGACAAUGUUCUCAGGCCUGGAGUACUGUUGUAAUCUUAUGUUUGCUGUGAAUCAGGACUAGGGCUGACUUUUUUAAAGCUUGGUUAGCUGUAAUCCUGGGUUAACUGUGGGUUAACUACAAACAGAAGGACUCCCUUUCCCUGUGCACAUGUAUCCUAUCUCCUUGUCUACUUAGAAAUGUAGGAGAAUUUUUUUCACGUUAUGAAAUCACUUCCAUUCUGUGACUGUUGCCCCUUUGUCUCAUUGUUAAAUUUUCUGGGUUUUUUUUGCGUUUUUAGGUGUUUGUAGACUUUCUUAGUAGGUGUCUCAAUGCUGAAUAUUCUUCCAAGGGAGUCACUGUCCAGGUACAUUACCAGAUAAGCCAAAAUAAUUACAAUGAUUUUACCAGCACAUCAUAAUGUGCCACUUCACAACCUACAGGGGAGAAUGGAAAAUAUGAAAAUUUGUCACUCCAUAAAAUAUUAUGAGGAAAACGGUUCAUACUUUCAGUGGAACAAUUCCGGGUAUGGAAGACAAAAGAAACAUUAUUUUUUUAUGAAUAAUUAACCAAUAAUUCCUUGUUAUUGUCCCACAGAUGAACCCAGAAUUUAUCUUGGUGUCAGAAGCUUGUAAUUGUUCUUCCUGUAGUUUGUGGAGUGUCAAAUACCAAGCGUCAUAUGCAUAGCUAGGAUUUCAAUGAGACCGGGAGGGGGGAGCAGGAGGGGGGAGCAGGAGGGGGGGCGAGAGGGGGAGCAGGAGGGGGGAGCAGGAGGGGGCAGGGGGGGGCAGGAGGGGGAGAGGAGGGGGGAGCAGGAAGGGGGAGCGAGAGGGGAAGCAGGAGGGGGAAGCGGGAGGGGGAUGGGGAUCACAUUGUAUCACACCUAAGAUGGUGGCUUAAUGGAUAGUCAUGUUGUCCUUCUUGUUCUUUUUUUUUUAAGUGAUAUGUAUUUUUUCGGAUAUGCGGUAGCGGGUAGGCGCGGUGGAAGGGAUAAAAUGGCUGCAUAGAUGAGUCAUGUGGCGAGAUGGACCAAUUUUGUCUAUAAGCUUGUUGACCAUUCACCGACACAUAACACCUCCAAACAAAGAGUUAGCUCAUACAUGCUAAUAAGUCUUAUUGUGCACUAAAUUAUUUCAGAGCAGACGCGUAUACUUGUCAGCUCAGACGCAUAGACGCGUCCGGCCUAACGCAAUUGACUCGUAUUUCCCGACGCGUAUUACGCGUAUGUUUUGGUUCGCUUAGUUCUGGCCUGCACUCUAUAAACCGGUUUGUCCCAUACAAGAACUGCUGGCAAAAGCACUUUAAUAGGUACCUAUAAAUUUUGAACAUAGCGCAUGUUCAAACGAAAGCUUCUGCCAAAAAAUUUUGGAUAUAACACGGCUGAGUCAGUGAGAUAUUGUCAUUUAAAGAAAGAGAUGCUUUAUCAAAGAGGGGCCCAGGUGCCCCAGUCGCCAUCAAGAGUUCUUCAGGAGAAUUUUGUUUAGAAAACUCAAAAACAUUGCCCACUUAAAGGUUGAACAGAAUAAGUUUUUGAUAAGGCCGUACGACCAAACAGUUUCUUUUGUUGCACUAAAUGUUCACAAAUUGUUUCUUAGACCCAGGUCACACGUUAAACUUCACAUGUUCCGAAACUAAUGCUAAUGAGCAACAACACUAGAUUUUUCUCAUUAACUUUAGGUAAGGCACAUGAGAUCUUCGACUAAGGGCCAGGCCUUACACAUGUAUUUCACUCAAUUUGUAACUACCGUAUUUAUUCGAUUAACCGCCCAGGGCGCUUAUUAAAUUUUUGGACCUUGAGAGUGGGCGCUUAUUCGAGGUGGGCGCUUAUUCGAGGCUGGGCGCUUAUUAAAUUUUCAGUAUUUUCAGCAAGUGUAGUAUGUUUAUUUUGCAACAAAACAAUAAAUGGUAAUGACAGAACUCGAAGAUAUAACAAAGCAAGGUUCCUGUAAAAUACUUUGAAGAAAACUCCGUCUUCAGGGAAGUCUCUUAUUACUACUUAUUCAAUUUUUGGGGGGUGGGGUGGGGUUGGUCGCUUAUUUGAGUUUGAGUGGGAGUGGGAGGGAGGUGGGGUGGGGUGGGCGCUUAUUCGAGGCUGGGCGCUUAUUAACUUUUUCUGCCUUUAGGAUGGGCGCUUAUUCGAGGUGGGCGCUAAUUCGAGGUUGGGCGCUUAUUCGAAUAAAUACGGUAGUUCAUAAUGACUGAGUGAAGGCGUGUGUGGGCGAGGGGUUGACACCU